AUGACGUCGAUUGACGGACGGAUUCCAGUAGCCAAGUCGACCGGAGAGCGUGAGGCACCAUUAUACCCAGCCACGGCUACACCAGGUGUCAUGCUUGCUCAAAGGAGUGGCAUGGUAUGGUCGGACUCGACCAUGCCGCCUCGGACGAGGCAGACGCAAGCCAAGCCUGAUGAGAUUGGUAAUGAGGACGUCGUAAUGGUUCCUCAGUCACCGUUGGUCUCUGGGAACCAACGACAGCGACGCACACGCAGGUAG